AUGUCUACCGGGAUUGAGCCAAGAGACGCGGCCUCGGAUGCCGCAUACAGAGUCGCAGUCGAGCUAUGGACGCUCUAUUCAAUCGGCGUUACCGCCACCUUACUCAGAACAUAUGCGAGGGUGAUCACCGUGGGCUGGAGGAACCUACGACUCGAUGAUCUCCUGAUAUGGAUUGCAAUUAUAUUCUACACCACACAGACAGCACUUGCCUACAGCGUGGGAAAUGUCGCGCAUGGCCUUGCAAAUAAUAGCAUGACCAGUGCUCAGCGGGCUUCACUAUCUCCCAGUGAUCCCGAAUAUGGAGCCAGGGUCAUAGGCUCCAAAAUCCAGGUAGCGGGCUGGACAACCUACGUUGCCCUGAUCAAUUCUCUCAAGCUGUCCAUGCUGGCAUUUUACGUUCGACUCAUGAAUGGUCUAGGUCGUCGCUACCAACUCCCAAUCUGGAUCGGAUUCGGGCUCGUGGUCGCAUGCUUCCUCGCCAGUAUAAUCGCAAUAUUCGCCUCAUGCCGACCAUUCUACAAAAACUGGCAAAUCAACCCAGACCCCGGCAGUAAGCCUUCCCUUUCCCACUUCAUCACCAUCCACCGCGCUAACACCCACCUAGACAUCUGCCAACCCGCAAUCUCCAAACCCGUCAUCGGAGUAACAUUCGCCUCCAACCUCCUCACAGACCCCUACAUAAUCCUCAUCCCAAUCCCAAUGCUCUGGAAAUCAAGCCUAAAACUCAUCAAAAAGAUCGCUACAACCAUCGUCCUAAGCGCCGGCGUCUUCAUUCUCGUCUGCGCUACCCUCAAAAGCGUCCUUCUCUUAGUCGAACCAGAUGAUGGCGCUGAGAUCGCCAACGAAUGGGGCACCCGCGAAACCUUCGUCGCAGUCGUAACAACAAACCUGCCCAUGGUCUUCCACCUUUUCCGCACCUGGUUGGCUAAGAUUUUUGGUGGCGUGUUCCAGUCUUCGCAGAAGGCAUAUAGACCCUCUUCUGGGGCACUUCAGACUAUCGGUGGAGGAUCUAGUAGGCAACAGGGACUAAAUUCAAACACUACAGAUCGGACUAUUAGAUUGGCGUUUACGGAAAGCGAGGAGCGGAUGAUGGGGGAGAUCAAGAUGCAGAAUCUGAAGCCGAUCCCUAACGCGAUUCUUGUUGAGAAUCAGGUUGAUGUACGGAGUGAAUCUAGGGAUGGGAAGGUUGGUGGGGAGCAUGUUGGGGAGAGGAGUGUUGUGAGUCGAAAUGUUUUAUGA